AUGGAAAAGAUGGCGGACUUCCCAUUCAGUAUGCCGUUGAGAUUUGGGAAGGGGCCGGGGAUGUCGUUCUCUCUGUCAAGAAGAGAAGACAUAGGAAAUCAUAACAGAAAGGUUUUUGAAGCUAUAACAGCAUUAAGAAAGGACAGAAAUGUUUUGACGUACGUGAAGAAUCCUGAGUUCUUUGAAGAUAGUUCUGAAGAGGAGGGCUACUCCGGGGAUAAUCAUAUGAUUAGAGAGAUUGUAACAUGUAAAUAUUAUGAAGAUGGAAGAUAUAAAUUUUUUGGAAAUCUUGUUCUCAGAGGAUUUUCAAGAAAUAGGGUCAGAUAUGUUAAUAUGAGGAAAGGAAAGAGAGUUAUUUUUAAAGACCUUGAGAAGAGCCAAGUGAAGCUAGUUUAUAAUAAGGGAGAAGAUGUGGUGUACAUGCUUAUGUUGAAAAGUAUGAUCAUUUAUAAGGUUGUCUGUAGGCAUCCAACGAUUGCAUCGAAUAUCUACAAUCACUUGAUGGAUCUUGACCCUAAUAAUUAA